AUGACGACUACUUCAGAGACUUCACAAUUCGUUGAAGACACUUUAUCGGAAACUAACAGCAUGAAAACUGAAGAGAAAAAUGAUGAAGUCGAAAGUAUUGACGAAUCCACUAAUGAAGCAGGUGAUUUGAAAGAAACACCGGCGCCUGUUUCUUCAAGAAGAGAAACUGUGAAUAAAAACGUGUAUAUUAUGAUGGAUGUCAAUCACAAAUCGGUGGAACCUUGUGAUGUAAUUGAGUACGAGUGGCCAUUCAAAUCAGGCGAUCGGUGGUUUCUUCAGGAACAAAUUGGUGAGCUUCUCGACAUAAAAUCGUUUUCGCGAAAAUUCCCGGAGUUCACACGACGGAAAGUGAAUCAUGAAGAGCGAGAAUAUUUAGAAACACAGUUUCGCGUGAAUAAUCUUCUUAACGAAACACAACUCCGCGAUAUGACAGCGAUGCGAUCAACAGAAAUACACGAAUUAAUGAGCAGUGAUUAUCCUACAAUUUACAUGGAAUACAAGAAAGUUGUGAGUUCUAGGGAAAGAGAAAUCGCGGUGCAAAAGGCGAAAGAAAUGGAAGCGAUAAAAAACGAUGCUGUCAAGCUCGCCGAGCUCCGGAAGAAGGCUCUUAACAGCGCGGUGGAGUUUAAUAAGGAAUUGCAGAAUGCUAGGCGAACGGAGCGAGCACAUUUCUGGGAUAUUCAGACAAAUGUAAUCCAAUCACGCUGCUCUCGAUGGAAAAAGUUAACAAGUGAAGCAACAAAACCACAUCCAUAUGCUGCUGCCCUCAUUCCUGGUCAAUAUCAGCAUUAUUACAAAAGAUUUACGAAAGAGGAACUUGAUCGAUUGCCAUUAAAUACUCUCAAUGAUUCGCGGCAUUUGUUGCCAAUCAAUCGCGAACCUUCACCGCCACCACUAAACGUUGCUGAGCAGGAUGCUUUAAGAGUUCAACAGCUUGAGGAAUCGCGAUCAGAUAAUACAUUAUCUGUGGAAAUGAAACCACUGACUGACGGAGAUGCCAAAAAAUGUGAAACUUGCGCGAAAUCGGACGGGCAGCUUUUAGAAUGUAAAGACUGCCAUAUCAUUUUGCAUCCGCAUUGCAUUGAAAUGCCGGAAAAAAUGGCGGCGAUUGUUAGGACUUAUGAAUGGUCGUGUGUUGACUGUAAACUGUGCUCGGUGUGUUUAGUUGCUGAACGAGAGGAUUGCGUCAUUUUUUGUGAUCGGUGUGAUCGAGGAUUCCACACUUAUUGUGUGAAUCUAGAUGUACCACCUGCGGGAACAUGGAUUUGCUCAAAUUAUUGCGAAGAUGUAAGUUAA